GACGUCACGAGAAGCAUGGCGGCCAAGGUGCAAUCAACCAGAAGGGCCGACCCGAAUGAGUUGAAGGUCAUCUUUCAAAAGUAUGCCACUGUGGUGGGGAAGGAUGGGGAGAAGUACAUGAGCCCUGCUGAUUUUGUGCAGAACUUUUUGGGACUUCACACCCAGAUCCACCACAACCCUAAAACUGUACAGCUCAUCGCUGGAGUGGCAGACACCACCAAAGACGGGCUGAUCUCCUUCCAAGAGUUCCUUGCGUUUGAGUCUGUGCUGUGUGUUCCCGAUGCUCUUUUCAUCGUGGCCUUUCAGCUUUUUGACAAAACCGGCACCGGAGACAUCUCUUUCGAAAACGUGCGUGAUAUUUUCAGUCAGACAACGGUUCAUCACCAUAUCCCGUUUAACUGGGACUGUGAGUUUAUUCGUCUGCACUUUGGCCAUGACCGAACCAAACGCCUCAGCUACCUGGAGUUCACCCAGUUCCUGCAGGAGCUGCAGUUGGAACAUGCUCGGCAGGCCUUUGCACAGAAAGACAAGGACAAGUCUGGAGUCAUCUCCGCCAUGGACUUCAGUGACAUAAUGGUUACUAUUAGACACCACAUGCUCACACCGUUCGUGGAGGAAAACCUAGUCUCAGCAGCAGGGGGCAGUACCUCCCACAUGGUGAGUUUCUCUUACUUCAAUGCCUUCAACUCUCUGCUGAACAACAUGGAGCUCAUUCGCAAGAUCUACAGCACCCUCGCAGGCACGCGCAAGGACACCCUUGUCACUAAAGAGGAAUUUGUACACGGUGCUAACAAGUUUGGUCAGAUAACUCCAAUGGAAAUUGACAUCCUCUACCAGCUCUCUGCCCUACACUCCCAUUCUGGACGACUCAACCUGGCAGACAUUGAGAGGAUAGCACCACUGGAAGAGGGAGCUUUGCCUUAUCACCUAGCAGAAGUGCAGAGACAGCAGGCCCACGGGGAGAUGUCUCGACCGGUGUGGUUGCAGGCUGCAGAGUCAGCGUACCGUUUCACCCUGGGUUCCAUCGCUGGAGCCACGGGAGCGACUGCGGUGUACCCCAUUGACCUGGUCAAGACGAGGAUGCAGAACCAGCGUUCCACCGGCUCCUUUGUGGGAGAGCUGAUGUAUAAGAACAGCUUUGACUGUGCCAAGAAAGUCCUGCGGUACGAGGGUUUCUUCGGCUUCUACAGAGGUCUGCUGCCCCAGCUCAUUGGUGUGGCUCCAGAGAAAGCCAUUAAACUCACUGUCAACGACUUUGUGCGAGACAAGUUCACCGGGAAAGACGACACUAUUCCCCUGGCCGCAGAGAUUCUGGCUGGAGGCUGUGCGGGGGGCUCUCAGGUGAUCUUUACUAAUCCACUGGAGAUCGUUAAGAUCCGUCUUCAGGUGGCCGGUGAGAUCACCACUGGACCCAGAGUGAGCGCGCUCAAUGUGGUCCGGGACCUGGGCUUCUUCGGCCUUUACAAGGGUGCUAAAGCUUGUUUCCUGAGAGACAUCCCAUUCUCUGCCAUUUACUUCCCCGUCUACGCUCACACAAAGUUGGAGCUGGCCGACGAACAGGGCAGGCUGGGUCCCUUACAGCUCCUUACUGCUGGUGCUAUUGCAGGUGUCCCUGCUGCUUCCCUGGUCACGCCCGCUGAUGUCAUCAAGACACGCCUGCAGGUGGCGGCCCGCGCGGGACAGACGACAUACAGCGGAGUCAUCGACUGCUUCAGGAAGAUCCUGCGGGAGGAGGGUUUUAGGGCCCUGUGGAAGGGCGCUGGAGCUCGUGUGUUCCGGUCAUCCCCCCAGUUCGGCGUGACACUGGUUACCUAUGAGCUCCUCCAGAGGUGGUUCUACGUUGACUUCGGCGGACACCGUCCCACCGGUUCCGAGCCCACGCCCAAGUCCCGGAUCUCGGAGCUGCCUCCGAUGAGCGCGGACCACGUGGGCGGGUACCGUCUGGCCGCCGCCACCUUCGCCGGCGUGGAGAACAAGUUCGGCCUCCACCUGCCCAAAUUCAAAUCCUCCGGGGUCGUCACCAUUCACCCCGCGGCACCCAAGGAGGAAGCUCCGGCCUCAUAAGGACUGGCCCCGCCCUCUCCAGUACUGUUCUCCAAUGGCUGCAUGCCUAUUUUACAUGGCCACGCCUCCUACUUGCCCAGUUUCUGGUUUGGUUUCUUUUUUCUUUUUUUCUUUUUUU